AUGGCCACCUGUGUCUGUCCCAUAGGUCCAUUGGAGGCAGUCAUCUGCAAAGUUGGAGCUGGCCCAAGCCCUGAGGUACUGGAGUUGUAUAAUGAGAGUGGAGAUUGUACUGUCCCACCAGGCAGUAAGAUGCAUUUCCUCAUGGCAAUGGUGACCUUGUUUCAAGGAUCUGAGCCCCCUGCAAGGCUGGUCCACAUGGUGCUGUCUGAAGAGUUGGCUUGGCUGGUUCAUGCUCUAACCAUGUAGGCUCCAGCACCUGCCCAGUGAAGGGAAGACCCUCAGUAGCACACCAGCACCCCCUGCCUAGGUGGGAGCCAGAAAACUAGAGUAAACCUCAACCCCAAGUAA